CGCAGCGUUUGUUUUUCCGCUCACCAUCAAUUGUUUGUUUUGUGACACAGGUCGAUUCACCCAACGACCUCAGGUCGUCGUCGCUCCCCUUCUCCUCCAAAUCAUCACAAAUGUCCUCACUGGCCAAAGACCAAUCCAAAUGAGCUCACGAUCAACUCCACGACGAAGAAAAGUCGUCUCGACGUCCCACGCACUGGACCUUCUAAACAACUUGAGCGCCAACAACGUCACCCACGAGCCGAAGUCCAGCACUCCGUCUCCUUACCGCCCCCGCUCGUCGCGUCGUCGAGAGAUUGACGACGUCCAGGUUCCCCAAAGUGAUACUAUCUGGGACGUCCCCAAUGAGCCCGAUGAUGACCGAUCCGCCCCAUCCAGACGCGUUCUAUUGUCGGAGCCCUUAACUCCCCGCAGAUCGUCCCGGUUGCAGGUGAAAUCUGGUAGUAGGACCACACCCUCUCGGAAUGCAAAACAUCGCGCAAAUUUGAAGAUUAGUGGAAAAGAUGACCAAGAGGUGGAGUCGGGUCCCGAGCCUGAGCGCGAGUCUGGAGAGGGCUCGGAUGAUCGUCCUGACGAAGCGGCGGCGGAGGAAUACACCGGUCCGGUUGAGGAAGAUCAGGAGAAUGGUGAAAGUGACGCGAGUUAUGUGGCUGUUGUGGAGGGCCACGGAGACAAUGAGUUUCCCCAACCUGUGCUCGAUUCGCCUCAUAACGUCCCUCAGUCAAACCGACUGUCUCCAUUUGAUAUUCAGAAACGGGUGUCAGCUCUAAGCGCGGAUCUACACAGAGAAACCGAUGAGAGUGGCGAUAGAUCGAAAGGCCAGUCGCAUAAUGAGCCUGAAAGUGAAUAUGGAACACCGCACGAUCAGCAGCCAGAACAAGCAGAUGAGCCGCACCCUGGUUCUGAUAAUGCUUCCAGUGCACACGGACAACAGAGAAGCUCUCCCGCCGUCGUGAUCGUAAAUCCUGCUACGGGCGUCAGGAGCUCUGUGGACAGGGUAGAAUCGCCAGUCCGUUCGCUAGAGUCUCCUAGGAGGAAUACCCCAUCGGAGGACAUCUCGCAACCUUCGCGUGUGCAAGCAGAAUCAGCGGACUUGGCUGAUGAAGUGGAGCUUUAUGAGGCGGAAGAUGAGAGCGUCGGGGUAGACCCCACCAACAUCGCCGUUGAGGACAAGUCUUCCGUUUAUAUUCCAACCGAUGAUGAGGCGGAAGAUGAGAGCGUCGGAGCAGACCACACAAACAUCACCGUCGAGGGCGAAUCGUCUGUUCGUAUUCCAACAGACGAUGAGGGCAGCGUGAGAGAUCGCCCCACACGACCCGGAUUGUUUAGGUAUGAAAGCGACCCAGAGGACCUGUAUACGCCGCCAAGCAAGAGACGUCAAACCUCGAAUCAACAGCUAGUCUCAGAACAUCAAAGACGGAAUCGUGAAAGAAGUCUUGCGACGUCUCGAGCUGUCGACUCUGUGAACUCUCACGAAGACCAGACUGAGUCUCUACAACCCCGUCAGAGUCCAAACGACAUCGAGCAACAUGUUGAGGACAUUUCUGAGGAUGAUGCCGAGGAUGACUCCGACGAGGAGGCAUGGUUGCACCAGGCCCUUAAAAUGGCUGGCCAGAAGAAUAACUGGGACACCCUGGUGGUUCAAGCUCACCGCGUCACAAAGACUGGUAACCCUUCUAUGGCCGAAUACUUUGAUGAUUUCGUGGAUCUAACUUCCACGUUGCAAGCGAAAUAUGUGGAGAUUGUAGGUAACCUAGACGCCCGACGUGAGCCUCGCGGCGCGAUGGUGCGCGAAUGCGAUGAGCUCCUUAGCGCAAUUUACAGUGAUGGGACCUCCUCGGUGGACUAUAUCGUUGAACAUAAAAACGACAAACCAGAACGAGGCCAACCGAGCAGUGAAGAGACGCUGGACGAAUUUGAGGCAUGUCUCGUAUCAGGAAUGAUGGGUGUGUUGCUCGCCUGUUUCGAAGCCUACUGCAAGGCAGACGGGCUCUUCCCCAAAGCCUCCGAACACCUGCACCGGGUGCUGGAAGUGUUUCUACAACUAUGCUACAAGAUAUACUGUGUAGUAGAUACGGGUUACAUAGACUCCGAAAACCAGAGCCGUAGCCUUCAGCUCCCGCUCAAAAAACUCAUCACCGCGUUAAAGAAGGACUUAUUUAAGGGCAGUGCGCCACAACCGGAACCUGUGCCAACCAUGUCCAUCAAGCAUGGGAGACCAUGGACCGAUGACGAGGGGUAUGCCCUUAUAGAUGGAUUGCAGCGCUACCAGGGUCGGGAUCGCUAUGCUCGAAUUUUGGAACAUUUCGGGGAACGGCUCCGCGGGCGGACGAUCCGGGGUACGCGCGACAAGGCGAGGCAGUUGCAUGAUAAGCUUCUCUCAACCGUUGUCGCUCCGGACGUCCUCCAGACGGAAGAAGGACGGCAACAGUGGUACUGGCUUCUGAGUGUGCGAAAGGAGUGAUUUCUUCUCCUUUUCUUUUUUUGCUUUUCCUUUUUCCAAUGAUGUAGGGCGGGCGUUUCAUGGUUGAUGUUUUAUACCCCUCUGGUUUAUUGUGAUUUAUUUUCUCUGGAGCAUUCUUGAGUUCCGUAAAGCCAAAACCACGGCCUCUUCAUUGCGGUGUGAACCAUGGAACCACUGUUUUGGAGUUUUGGAGACGCGACCACGUCAACAAUAGUUUAUCCCUAAGGGCCAGGCGAGCCAAUCCAAAGGUUUCAUGAGGACACAAUCGUGGCUCAACGGUGAACUCUUUAUCAAUUAAGUUCAUGACAUGGUGAAAUGGCUGGUCGCAUGACAGAAAGUUCAUCACCGCCUGAUGGAUCGAUUGGGCGAUCCUGUGGGGAUCGACGCCUGAGGCCGUGGGCGUGGAGUGGGAGUCCCUGAGACCUGAGGCACCCGCUCCCGCUUUCCCCCUCCUGACUUUCUUUACUUCAAUACUUUUUGGUCCCUUUUUCCCGGACUUACUUGAACUUACUCU